AUGUGCCCCCGCGCCGACGCCGUCCCGGACCCCGAGGCCCAGCGGCCGCCCGCGCCCCCCGGCCCCGCCUGCCGCCCGCUGCCCUGGGCCCUCAGCGUCGCGCUGCUGCUGCUGCUGCUCGCCGGCACCUGCGCCGCCUGCUGGCUCAGCGCCUGGGUCGCGCCCGCGGCCUCCGCGGCGCCCGGCCCCAGCCUCCCCCGCGUCCCCGAGCAGCCGCCCGACGCCCGCGCCCGCCUCCCCGACUCUCCGCAGGCCGUGUUCGCGCAGCUGGUGGCCCAAGAUGUACAGCUGACUGAAGGGCCCCUGCGCUGGUACAGCGACCCAGCCCUGGCAGGGGUGUUCCUGGGGCCUGGCCUGAGCUACGACCAGCACUCGCGGGAGCUGAUGGUGGCAGAGCCUGGCGUCUACUAUGUUUUCUUGCACCUGAAGCUGCAGCGGGUGGUAUCCAGCUUCGGCUCGGGCUCUGUCUCCGUUGCCCUGCACCUGCAGCCCCUGGGCACUGGGGCUGCGGCCCUGGCCCUGACCUUGGACCUGCCGCCUCCAUCCUCCAAAGCCCCGGACUCAGCCUCUGGUUUCCGAAGCAGCCUGCUGCACCUGGGCCCAGGCCAGCGCCUGGGCGUUCACCUGCGCGCAGAGGCGGGGGCACACCCUGCCUGGCAGCUUGCACAGGGCGCCACGAUCUUGGGCCUCUUCCGAGUGGCCACCAAAGUCCCUGCUGGACUCUCCCUGCCGCCAUGGCCCAUUGACACUGGGCCCGGGUACCCCCCGCCGGACAGAGAAUGAAUGCUGCCUUCUUUCACCGGG